CCCACCCGUGGCGGCAACGAACUGACCACCCCACCACUCAACCGCUCCAACUCCUUCCCCGCCGGUUCGCUUCCCUCCAUAAAACCGAACCUGCUCCUUCCCCUCCAUUCCGCUCCCCAAUGGCGUCCUCCACGGCCUCCUCCGCCCCCUCGCCCCUUGGCCUUGCGCUAGGGAUCGGCGCCAUGGGCCGCGGGCUCCUUGUCCCUGCCGCUGACGACCCUUCCCCGCCGACGCCGCCGCCGCUCCAGGGGCUCAUGCGCCUGCGGUGCGCCGUGCAGCACUACGAGUGGGGCCGCCGCGGGCCCGACUCACUCGUCGCGCGCCUCGCCAGGGAAGAAGGGGGUGGUGACGGCGACGGCGGCGACCUCGACCGGCCGUGCGCCGAGCUGUGGAUGGGCACGCACCCGUCCGCGCCGUCGUCGCUGGCGCCCGACGUCUCCCUGCGGGGCUGGCUCGAGCGGAACCCCGCCGCGCUCGGCCGCGCCGUCGCCGCUCGCUGGGGCGGCGAUCUCCCCUUCCUCUUCAAGGCGCUGUCGGUCGCCAAGGCGCUGUCGAUCCAGGCGCACCCGGACCGGGAGCUCGCGCGGGCGCUCCACGCGCUGCGCCCCGCCACGUACCGCGACGCCAACCACAAGCCCGAGAUGGCCGUUGCCGUCACCGAGUUCCGCGCGCUCUGUGGCUUCGCCGGCAUCAAGGAGCUCAAGGAAGUUUUGACGACUGUACCUGAGGUUGGAGUGUUAGUUGGCAAAGAAGAAGCCGGGAAGCUUAUGAGUGUCAAAGAGCAUGAUGGAGGAAUUGGAGUGAGGUCAUAUCUGCAAUCAGCUUUCACCAAGUUAAUGAUAGCAAGUGAGGAAGCAGUUUCUGAAGCAAUUUCAAAACUUAAGAGUCGCUUGAAUGGUGAGAGUAAGAUUAGAACCUUAACGAAGAAGGAGCAACUGGUUUUAUCAUUGGAGAAACAGUACCCAGGAGAUGUUGGUGUUCUGGCAGCUUUUUUCUUUAAUUAUGUUAAGCUCAGUCCUGGUGAAGCACUUUAUGUCGGUGCCAAUGAACCUCAUGCAUAUCUCUCAGGGGAGUGCAUUGAAUGUAUGGCCACUUCAGACAAUGUUGUUCGUGCUGGUUUAACUCCUAAAUUCAGAGAUGUGCAAACUCUCUGCUCUAUGUUGACAUACAAUCAGACCUUCCCUGAAAUUCUGCAAGGAGUACCUGCACAGCCAUACGUGACACGCUACACACCCCCAACCGAUGAGUUCGAAGUCGAUCGCUACUUGUUACCCCCAGGCAAAUCAAUCACCAUGUCGCCAGUGCCUGGCCCAUCCAUCUUUCUCGUCAUGACAGGCGAAGGCGAGAUCCAGGCAGGCUCCAUGCCUGAUGAAGUGAAGGCAAAGGAAGGCGGCAUUUUCUUUGUGCCGGCGAACACCGAGGUCAAUCUCCAGGCUUCUGGUCCCAGGUGUAUGCAGCUGUACAGGGCUGGGGUGAACAGCAGAUUCUUCAAUUGAUGGGUAACUGGUUUCUAGGGCUGUAAUAAGAGUAAUCUACUCUUGCUGUAGGUUAGGUACCAUCUACACACGAAUUUACUCUAAGGUUAGUUGGGUGAGUUAUCAUAGUGUAUAGGAAAAGUGGAGAAUAAAUUCGUCUCUUCAUAUCGUAAUCAUGAUUUUUUUUUUAAAUAACUGUAAAGUUUCAAGUUGAAUCAGUUAUUCGAGGUUUGCCUUGUACUAGUAGGGAAAAUGAAUGUGCUCCAGUCAGUCACACCUUCGAUCCUUGGACUGCUUCAAAGCCUCAAUUUGCAUGAAAAAUGACCAUUGAGA